UCGAGAAGCUGAAGGGCUGGAGGGUACCUUAGGCUGUCAGUAGUAUCUAGUACUAAUUAGUAGUACCGCAGGACAGAGUACAGAGGAACGCGAGUCUGGGUCCCCGGAAAAGGUACAUCCAUUCAUCCAGUACUUCCCCCGCCGCCAAAACUAUUUCAAGGUCCUCCUUCCCCCCUCCAUUCUCCAUCUACUUUCGCAUCUCUGCAUCAUCCUCACCAUCUAACCCCUCUUUCAUCCUUACUUGGAUACCUCCUUUACUCGUCACAAUGGCUCAGGAACGUGCUGCUCCCAUUCGUCUCGGCUCUACUGCCCCUAACUUCCAGGCUGACUCCUCCAACGGCCCCAUCUCCUUCCACGACUACAUUGGCAACAGCUGGGCUAUCCUCUUCUCUCACCCGGAUGACUUCACCCCCAUCUGCACCACCGAGCUGGGCGCUUUCGCCAAGCUCGAGCCCGAAUUCACUGCCCGUGGAGUCAAGCUGAUCGGUCUGAGCGCCAACGGCACCGAGUCUCACAAGCUCUGGAUCAAGGACAUCGAUGAGGUCACCGGCUCCAAGCUCUCCUUCCCCAUCAUUGCCGACCCCGAGCGCAAGGUCGCCUAUGCCUAUGACAUGGUUGACUACCAGGACACCACCAACGUUGACUCCAAGGGUCUCGCUCUGACCAUCCGCUCCGUCUUCAUCAUCGACCCCAACAAGAAGAUCCGUCUGAUCAUGUCUUACCCUGCCUCUACCGGCCGUAACACCGCCGAGGUUCUCCGUGUUGUCGAUGCUCUUCAGACCACUGACAAGCACGGUGUCACCACCCCCAUCAACUGGCUCCCCGGUGAUGAUGUUGUCAUCCCCCCUCCUGUCUCCACUGAGGAUGCUGAGAAGAAGUUCGGUGAAAUCCGCCAGGUCAAGCCUUACCUGCGUUUCACCAACCUCAACAAGAAGGAGUAAAUUAUGACGCAGUCUUCCAUUCAACCGUUUCCCGCUAGCUGUUCCCAGGAGGAAUAACCAGUUCUGACGUGGUUAUGGUUGGGAGCUUUCUCAUGAAAAAGAGUAUGACAGUCACGGCUUAGCAUCUCUAAUAAUAUGAUACCUCUUACGACAGCAUUUGAACAUUUUGCUACGAGCCCAGCGUAGAAACUCCCUAAGGAGCGA